UUUUUUGUGUAUGUUUUAUGUGUUGCUUCAAUUUGGUGCAACUUCAUGUCAUUCAAGGUCUUUGGAUGACCAUUUCACCACUUUAUAAGAGAGAGAGAGAGAUCAGAGAGAGAGAGAGGGCAGAGUGAGAGAGAAGGGCAAUGGAGCUUACCCAACAUAGUUUCUUGGAGGAGUUACUGGCUCCAAGAAGAGACACUUGGAACACUUUUCCUAAUGGAGUGAACGAGUUCUUCCCUAAUGACUGGAGCAUUGAUUCUUUGGAAGAUAACUCAGUCCUGGCUACUCCAAAUCCUCCAUUACUAGGAUUCUCCACACCAACCGGACCCAGCUUUGAAUGUCCUUUCAGUGACCAGGUUUACCCAUCUCUUGAUGGAUUUACAGAGAUUGAAACAUCAUACACCAAGAUUAAUGAAAAACCACUGUUUCCUUCCCGAGAAGAUUACCCAUCGAUGGUGGAGGAUGAGGACCUCAGUUUUCUCGGCAGUGAAAGUCACAGCAUGGGAGAGAAAAAUAAUGGCUGCAAAGUUGAGAUGGACCACGCUGCUGAUAUUCCAGCUUUCAACAUGGGUAUAUGUGGAGAGAGAAAGUGCAAAGCCAAGAGAUUGGAAGGGCAGCCCUCAAAGAAUCUAAUGGCAGAAAGAAGACGAAGGAAGCGCUUAAAUGACCGCCUAUCCAUGCUCAGAUCAAUUGUCCCUAAAAUAAGCAAGAUGGACAGAACAGCUAUACUUGGAGACACCAUAGAUUAUAUGAAGGAGCUUCUGGAAAGAAUCAAUAAGUUGAAAGAAGAAACCACUGAAGGAGGUGAAAAUCAGGUUAAUUUGAUGGGCUUCCAGGAGAUACAGAAAAAUGAAGUUAUGGUGAGAAAUUCCCCCAAGUUUAAUGUGGAGAGGGGGCCGUACAUGGAUACUCAGAUCGGUAUUUGCUGUGCAGCUAAGCCAGGAUUGUUGUUAUCAACAGUACACACGCUCGAAGCUUUGGGCCUUGAAAUUCAACAUUGCGUUAUAAGCUGUUUCAAUGAUUUUUCAAUGCAUGCUUCUUGCUCUGAGGGAACACAGCAGCGAGCACUGAUAAGUUCUGAAGAAAUAAAAGAAGCAUUGUUUAGAAAUGCCGGAUAUGGAGGAAGAUGUUUGUAGAAAAAACCGAUGAAAAGAAACAACAUAGGAGGGGUUACUUAACAGGGCGGGCUUGAAGGGAUGAGAUUUUUUAACUUGUUCUUCUUCAAGGAAUUUCGAAAGAGACGUUGUAAUAAUUUAUUGUCUACUGCAAUUGUUGUUGUUUUUUUCUCUAAA